UACUUUUCCCUCAAGCCUUUUCAGCCUCAACAGCGGCGCCAAAGUGCAGCCUCUCCAGAGUCUGUCCGUCCGACCACUUCUCUUUACGAAUCACCAGCGGAGCGGCAAACGUGGUUGGGCCAAAGAUCUGUUUUGAUGCAUCAUGAGUACCGUAUUGAAUAAUGUGGGACCAGGACUGAACAUUGUGCUGGUAAACGGCAGAAAUGGAAAAGUGGAAAAAUAUGGCUACCUCAAUAUGGAUGCUGGCAACGAAGAAUACAUCCUGGCAUACCUGAAGGACAUAAAACCUGGAACGAUUGCCUUGGUGGCCUCUUUUGAUGAUGUGACAGCAAAAAUGACAGACGAGAUGAGGGAGGUGUUUGUUGGGAUGGGAAGCACUUUGAUCAAGUCUUUAAAACCCAGAGAUGGCUGGGUGUUUGCUGGGAGAGCCGGCGCGCAAAACAAAAGCCUCCUUGAGAACCAAGCUGUCAGCGACAAUAACACCAACGUUUACGGCAGAUGGCCGGAGACGGUGGAGAUAGGCGGCUGCAUCCUGAGGACCGCGACUGAGAAUGAAAAGGAGGACAUUUAGGAUUUCCAUGUAAAAAAUGAUAUUCACACUUAUUACUUACUACUAUUAUAUUUACUGACAAUGUGGGUACAUCUUUUCUUGAGUUGUGCUUCCCUACGUCGUAGUUUUACUAUGUUUCUGUCUGCUAAGCGUAUAACAGCAUCAUCCUUUUAAAUUUUAAAUUGUGGUUCUUAGGACCUCGUACAUAUUGUAAAGAUUUGCUGAUGCAACAUUUCCCUUUGUGAUUGUGAGCUUUAUGAAUAAAAUGUACUGAACUUCA